AUGACAGGAAGAGAGGAUUCAGCGGAAGAGAAGCCCAAAGUCAAGAUUCUAGCCCCGACUUUUGGAAUCGACAAAGCGCGGCUCAAUGGAUCUGGCUUUAGAUCUAAAGGUUUCGCAAUCACUGACCUUCUGGGUCUUGAAACGGAACUUCAGCCCCAUCAAGCAGGACCCGGAGUAGGAGGCAACGGGGACGGCCAGAGCGCAGGGAUUGGGGGUUUCUCUUUUGCCGGAGGGUCCCUGCCUCUUGGCUUAGGUUUCCUCUGUAGUUUAGCGGCUCAGCAACCUCCAGGGACUCCUUGUUUUCUUCCGAGCCACAUACCUCUUCUUCAGUCCAGGACGGAAAGUCAUUUUAUGCAGAAUCUGGAUCAACAAAGGGACAACUAUUCCGAUGACGACUGUCUUUCUGGAGAUCGAAAUGAUACCAAGAAUUCAGGAAACUCACAGAAGAGGAAAAAGAGGAGGCAUAGAACAGUCUUCACGUCUCAUCAGCUAGAAGAACUCGAGAAGGCCUUUCAUGAGGCGCACUACCCAGAUGUUUAUGCCAGAGAAAUGUUAGCCAUGAAGACGGAGUUACCUGAGGACAGAAUACAGGUGUGGUUCCAAAACCGUCGAGCCAAAUGGAGGAAGCGGGAGAAAUGCUGGGGUCGCAGCAGCGUCAUGGCUGAGUACGGGCUGUACGGCGCCAUGGUCCGCCACUCCAUCCCGCUCCCCGAGUCCAUUAUCAACUCCGCAAAGAGCGGGAUGAUGGGUUCCUGCGCUCCCUGGCUUCUAGGUAUGCACAAAAAGUCUAUGGAAAUGGCCAAGAAGCCCCCGGGCACGCCGGAGUCCACGCACUCCGAUUCCUAUUCAGAGGAAACAAAGGUGAAAGACAGCGACAUCGCAUGGACAAACCGAAGCAACCCAACGGAUGACUCGGAGGACAUGGCAAUAGACCUAUCCAGCACUUCGAAGCAGGAGAGCAAAAGCACUUUGAAACCCCCGCCGCCUCCCAGGGACACGAACAGCGAUUCUGACAACGACAGCUAA